CUUCCUGUGGUGGGUAGUGUCGCCUGUGUUGACACACAUUUAUUCUCUCACUAGGGCGGAGAUUUGUUCAUUUUACGAGUCAAAAAUCUGCUAAAUAAACGCUUUAUGUAAUAGAUAGCAAUACAUACGAAAGGAUUAUUGUUUGGUAUUAAAUGCAAGUAUGGGUUGCUGCCUGACUGUUGGACCAAAUGAAGCGCUCGUUGUGUCAGGUGCCUGUUGUGGGUCAGAUGCAAAGACGUAUGUGGUGGGAGGCUGGGCGUGGGCAUGGUGGCUUAUAUCAGACACACAGAGAAUUACACUAGAGAUUAUGACACUACAGCCUAAGUGUGAAGACGUGGAGACAGCGGAGGGAGUCGCUAUUACAGUUACAGGAGUUGCUCAAGUCAAGGUCAUGACUGACAAAGACUUGCUGGCUGUUGCCUGUGAGCAGUUUCUGGGAAAGUCUGUCAUGGAAAUCAAGGCUGUGGUCCUGCAAACCCUAGAGGGACAUUUGCGUUCUAUCUUAGGCACUUUGACAGUGGAGCAGAUCUACCAGGACAGAGAUGAGUUUGCUCGGCUGGUGAGGGAGGUGGCAGCUCCUGAUGUGGGCCGGAUGGGCAUUGAAAUCCUCAGCUUCACUAUAAAAGAUGUCUAUGAUAAGCUGGACUACCUGAGCUCUCUUGGAAAAACUCAGACAGCGGCUGUACAAAGGGAUGCCGACAUCGGAGUAGCCGAGGCAGAGAGGGAUGCUGGGAUUAGAGAAGCUGAGUGCAAGAAAGAAAUGAUGGAUGUGAAGUUCUUGGCCGACACAAAAAUGGCCGACUCCAAACGAGAGCUGGAGCUGCAGAAAGCUGCUUUCAAUCAAGAAGUGAACACUAAGAAAGCUGAGUCUCAGCUGGCCUAUGAACUACAGGCAGCUAAAGAGCAGCAGAAGAUCAGAUUGGAGGAGAUUGAAAUCGAGGUUGUGCAGAGGAAAAAGCAGAUCUCCAUCGAGGAGAAAGAGAUUGACAGGACAGAGAAGGAGCUGAUUGCGACGGUCAAGCGUCCUGCUGAAGCAGAGGCUUACAAGAUGCAGCAGCUGGCUGAAGGACAAAAGUUGAAGAAAGUGCUGAUUGCUCAGGCCGAGUCGGAGAAGAUCAGGAAGAUCGGAGAGGCAGAGGCCAUCUCUAUCUCAUCUGUGGGGAAGGCUGAAGCCGAGAGAAUGAGGCUGAAGGCAGAGGCCUACCAGCAGUACGGAGAGGCCGCCAAGACUGCACUCGUCCUAGAAGCGCUGCCCAAGAUUGCUGGAAAGGUAGCGGCUCCUCUGGCCAGGACCAAUGAGAUUGUUAUUCUGAGUGGGGACGGAAGCCGCGUGACCGGGGAGGUGAACCGCCUCCUCGCCGAGCUGCCCGUGUCUAUUAAUGCACUCACGGGUGUGGACCUGUCCAAGAUGCCUCUGUUGCAGAAGAUGACAGGUGCUUAAGCAUGAAGUCAAUCAUUGUCUCCUUCAUGAUGUGUUGUAUGCACUCACAGAAACGGCCUUUAGAAGAUUUUUUUUUUUAAUUAAAAAACAAAACAAAACAAAAAACAAGUAGAUUUUUGAUACCUCUGGUGCCUUAAUGUUUCAUAGGACCAGAAUUUGUGCAUGCACUGCUGCUCCCACAUUCUGCAAUUUAUUUUUAAAUCGCUUGCCGCUGGAGUCAUUGUACAUCACAUACGCCAGAGACCAUUAGAACAACCAGUAUUGAUUUUUGUUUUGUUUUGUUAUAUAUUUUUGUAGUGUCAGCAUACAAAAACUCAACCUAUCACACUUUAUUCUUUACUAUUUUAUACACUUUAUUUUCAUCUCAACACUACACAGACACUUUAACACUCAAUGGUGAGUCAGCUUUAGAUUACGAUCAAAUCUUUUUAUCCAUCCAAGCAUUACUUCUUCAUUCAUGUUAAGUCAUGUUUCUAACUAAAAAGAGGCGACUUUACCUUACAGAUCCUGCCAUGAUUUCUAACAUUCAGGAAGACUGCCAUUGAUGUAGAGUAGCGAGUAGCAUUCAGUAUACUUAAACAAACAUGGCCUUUAUAAACCGAUCCAUCUUCUGAAUUAUCGUGUAAGUCACCUGAGCUCAACAAUAGUUCAGAUCACUUUUUUUUUGCCUGUAGAUUUUUAAGAUCUUUGGAUUGUAUGUGUGCUUUGUUUUGUUUAUAUUAUUGGAGAAAAUUUGUUUUUAAAAGAAAUUUAGUUUUGGAGAGAUUUGGCAAACUCGUGUCUGGAUAUCCAACCAAUCCGAUACUGUUAAUAUAGUUUCAUGACAACAGAGUUGAGCCAUUUUUAAGACAGUUUUGUAUAGUUUUAUGACAGCCAUGCUUAACAAAAUCUUUCUAAAUAUUAACACGAGUUAGAUACUGUAAUAUGUAUCAUGAGAUGAAUUUAAAAAUCACCCUUUAUGGACAAUAAUAUUCUGUUCUGUAGUGGUUUAUCUAGAUUGUGUAUUCUUUUGUCACUGUGAAAGUUAUAUUACCUCGUUUUCCUCAUUCGGUUCAGAGCGAGUGGCGGUUUGCAGUAGAGUUUGACAUGUUUGUAAAUUUAUUCUGCUGGGUUCAGUAGUGCUGUGAAGGGGCAAAGUCACUUUUCCUUUUUUAUUUGUCAUGCUAAUGAAAACAUCAAAUGAUAAAGCCAAGCGAUCGCACUCCUCUUUCUGAGUUUUUAUUCAUAGUUUUUUUUUAAUCUGCUUAAUGUCCAUUUUGUUUAAUAAAAUCUUUGUAAAACUGAUUUAUUGUUUAUUUUGUUUUAGUAUGAGUAAAAUGCCCCGGCCACUUCUGUUUUCUCAUAGAAACAGAUUCAAUCAAACAGUAAUUUUAUUUAUUUAUAUAUUUUUUAAAACACUCAUUUUUAUGUUUGAUUAAUUCAGAACUAUUAAAGCCAUGUCAUGACAGGUUUAGAGCAUCAUAGACUGGUUAUGUGCUUUUGUAUGCAAUGUACUAUACUGUGUAUUGGACAAACAUUAUAGGAAAUUGUAUGGCAGGAUAAAGCUCAGAUGCGCUUUUCCUGUAGUGGGACAAAAGAUACACAAAUUAACCCCAAAUAUGCCAUUGACGAUAUGGGGAUUAUUUGGUAGUUUUAUACAUACUCUUUACACAUAAUUAACUGAGCAUGUUUAUGGUGCAUGUAUUUCCAAAUGUAAUAAAUGUAAUGUGACCCUGUUUCUCUCGAUGUUCUUUUAUUCCAUUAAAUAACGUGCUCAU